GCGUCGUCGUCGUCGGGGCGGGCGGCGGCGGCGGGCAGCCUGCUGUCGCUGCUGGUGCUGUGGACGCUGCUGGGCAACGGGCUGGUGUGCGGGGCCAUCGUGGGCUGCCGCCGCCUGCGCGCCAAGGUGACCAACCUCUUCCUGGCCUCGCUGGCCGUCUCGGACCUGCUGGUGGCGCUGCUGGUCAUGCCCUGGAAGGCGGCGGCCGAGGUGGCGGGCUACUGGCCCUUCGGCGAGGCCUUCUGCCGCCCCUGGGUGGCCUGCGACAUCAUGUGCUCCACCGCCUCCAUCCUCAACCUCUGCCUCAUCGCGCUGGACCGCUACUGGGCCAUCUCCAGCCCCUUCCGCUACCAGCGCCAGAUGACCCCCCGCCUGGCCCUGGCCGUCAUCGCCCUGGCCUGGGCCCUCGCCUUCCUCGUCUCCUUCCUGCCCGUCCAGCUGGACUGGCAUAGCGGGGGGGACCUGGCGGCGGCCGCGCCCCCCGGCCCCCGGCGCUGCGACGCCAGCCUGAACCGCGCCUACGCCGUCUCCUCCUCGCUCAUCAGCUUCUACAUCCCCGUGGCCGUCAUGCUGGUCACCUACGGCCGGAUCUACCGCAUCGCCCAGGGCCAGAUCCGGCGCAUCUCCUCCCUGGAGCGGGCGGCCGAGCACAAGCUGCCCACCCGGGACUCCCUGGCAGUGCCACUUGAAACCCACCUGGUGUUCACUGUCCACAUUCCGGGAUUUGGGCCUAGCUGUACCAGAGAUGAGGGGAAGUGA